AUUGGGGCCAACUGGAUUAUUUAGUUGUUGACAUGCCACCAGGAACCGGAGAUGUGCAGUUAUCGGUCUCACAGAAUAUUCCCAUUUCAGGUGCUGUGAUUGUCUCCACACCUCAGGACAUUGCAUUGAUGGACGCUCACAAAGGUGCCGAGAUGUUUCGAAAAGUCAACGUGCCUGUUCUUGGCCUUGUCCAAAACAUGAGUGUUUUCCAGUGUCCAAAAUGUAAACACAAAACUCAUAUUUUUGGUGCUGAUGGUGCAAGGAAACUAGCACAGACCCUUGAUCUUGAUGUUCUAGGAGACAUUCCUUUACACCUUAAUAUAAGGGAAGCUUCAGAUAUAGGCCAGCCAAUUGUGUUUUCACAGCCUGAAAGUGAUGAGGCCAAAGCUUACCUGAGGAUUGCUGUGGAAGUGGUAAGAAGAUUGCCACCACCUCCAGAAUGAUUGCCCAGGUGUCCUGGAAAUUUGCCUGGUACUUGUCACUAGGAGGACCUUUGGAAAUCAGCAGUGUGAUGGUGGAACCUACAGAAGUAAUAGCAAUUGUUUUCUUUAUUUCUGAGGAAAUAAUGUCUUAUUUUCAGAUUUGAUUUGCUAAGUUACGACUCACAAAUAAAAUUUUUAUGUAUUAAUGCUAACUGAUAUAGUUAGGAAUUUUUUUAAAAGCUGAUGUGUACCAACUGCACAGAACUGCAUUUUAUUUUAUUGAACUACUGGAGAAUAGUUUCUUUUGAAGAGUCACGAGCUUGUGAUGUUACAAGCACAGUUUGGGAGAGAACGUGGCACUCUUUUUAGAGUUAGUCAUUUAAAGGAUUUGCCAGAUUUGUGUAUGUGCAUAAGUACGACACCUCCCCACACGGCAGUUUAGUCUGGAUUUAAAUCUUGCCUCUAGUACUAUCUUGGACACAUUCUCAAAAUAGGUGAACUUCAGCUUCUUCACUUGGAUCAGACUCUACCCCAGACUGAAGAAUAUGAAUCUCCAUGAGUGGGGCCUGGACAUGUGUGUUUUUAACAAGAUCAUAAUGAUUUUGAUAAUGAUGGCAAUGAUAAUAAUUACAGCUAACAUUUAUCAAGUGCUUUCAGUGUGUCCUUAUAGUUAAUCUUCAAUUUUUAUGAGUGAGGUACUAUAUUAUCUCUAUUUUACAGAUGAGGAAACUGAGGUAUGGGAAAGUUAAGUGUCUUGCUGAGAGUUAAUAUUUCUAGCAGGUGAUAGAGCUGGGAUUUGGACUUGGGUAGUUGGAUACUGGAUUCCUCCUUCUGUAUACCAAUGUGCAUUUAAUUUCAAAAGAGGGAUAUAGUAUUGAGCAUUUCCUCAAACUUAUUUUGCCAUGAAAUUCAACCCCCCUUUUAGGAGCAUUUCAUGGAGAUAUUUAUAGCAGCUUUAUGUGUAAUAGCCAAAACAACCCAUAUUUUCUUCAAUGGGUAAAUGGUUAAACAAAUCAUGAUACAUCCAUACCCUGAAAUACUACUCAGCAGUAAAAAAUAAGAAACUAUGGAUACAUGCACAACCUGGAUAAAUUCCAGAGAAUUAUGCUGAGUUAAAAAGCCAAUUCCCUAAGUUUAUGUACUAUAGAAUUCCAUUUAUAUACAUUCUUGAAAUGACAAGAUUGUAGAAAUGGAGAACAGAUUAGUGGUAGCUGUGUUAAGGAGGGGGUGGGGACAAGAGGGAAUUGAAUAUGGCUAUACAAGGGCAACAUGAGGGAUCCGUGUGAUGAUGGAAAUGUUCUGUACCAUGACUUUAUCAGUGUCAAUAUCUUGGUUGUGAUAUUGUUCUGUAGUGUUGCAAGAUGUUACUACUGGAGGGAAUUGGAUAAAGGGCAGGGAAUCUCUAUUAUUUCUUACAACUGCAUGUAAAUCUGUAAUUAUCUCAAAAUAAAAA